AUGAUGCGUCGCAUGGGUACAGCGAGCGAGUGGUUUCCACCGCCCGGCGACGCCAACGAGCAGUUCUGGCAGGGUGCCAACGGCGACGCCGCCGGGGCGGGCAACGGAAACGGAGCGGCGGACGAGGAGCAGGAGGGUGCAGCGGGCAGCGGCGGGCCGUACACUGGGUACGUGCCGAAUCCGACGGGCACGAACCACCAACUGCCGGUGAUCGUGCAAUUCCACGAGGGCGCGUUCGUGACCGGCAGCAAGGACUCCGCCUGCAACGACACCUUCUGCCGACGACUCGCACGGGUACCGCCUUCCGCCCUCACUGCUUCCUCGCUCCUCCUCCAUGCCGUAGCCCGGAUCCCUCAUCGUGCAUCUCAUUCGCUUCAAAUCUCAUGUUCCGUUUCCCCCCAAUCCUCUGGCCUCGCCUCUCCGCGCGGCGGGCGCGUGCGCGCGCAGGUGUGCAACGCGAUCGUGGUGGCGGUGGGGUACCGGCUAGCGCCAGAGCACAAGUGUCCGGCGGCGUACGACGAUGGGUACGAGGUGCUCAAGUGGCUGUCGCGACAGGCCAUCCUCGCUGACGCCGAGGCCGACGUGCGCUCCUCGCACGCGCAGGUGACCGGGGGAAGGGGUGAGAGCGUGGGUCAGGGCGGGGAAGUGGGAGCGGGCGAUGAGAUGAGGGGGUUGACAACGCGGCUGGUGCAGGAGCUACCAGACCCGUGGCUCGCCGCACACGCUGAUGUGCACAGGUGCAUUCUCCUGGGUGUGAGUGCGGGUGCCAACGUGGCAGACCAGGUGGCACGGCGCUGCGUCACACCGCACGGGGUGAACGAGCUGCAGCCACUCGUGGUGCUCGGGCAGGUGCUGCUGUACCCUCUGUUUGCGGGGUCCAUGCCGACGCCGAGUGAGAUGAAGGCGCGAGACGCCUACUUCUUUGACAAGCCCACGUGCGAGCUCGUCUUCCGCCUCUUCCUGCCCGACGAUGACUUCUCUCUGGACCACCCGGCGGUGAACCCGCUGCUGCGCGAGCACCUGCCUCCGGGCAUGCCGCCGACGCUGCUGGUGGUGGCGGACCACGACAUCCUCACCGACCGCGCCAUCGCCUACUCCGUCUUCCUCAAAAACUUCGGCAUCGACGUGCAGGUGAACAGCUACAAGGACGUGGUGCAUGGGUUUGCAACAUACGAGGGCAUGGUGAACACGCCACAGGCAGAGGCAUGUGCAGAGGACAUAGCGAUGUGGAUCACCAAGCACGUCUCCACGCGCUCCGAUGCUACGGAGAUGUCGUACUGA